CAUGUUAAAUUAUUGUGUCCAUAUAAAAUGAAUUUGGUUUUUUCUAAUCCGUUUUAGAUCGGAUUGUUUGGGUCAACAACUCAACAUUUGAUAUCUUAGACGUCACAUGUAAAAUUGUCAACUGAACAUGCAUGGCCUUAAUACAGUUAGACCUACCUACCCCUUUCUCUAAAUUUACCUAGGCAGUCAUAUUAGCCAAGACAGCCGCCAUGGCCCAUUUUUUUCACUUUCUCCAUCCAAAACAAAAAGGAAAAGUAUUCUUGAUUCUCAUUUGUCUCAUCUGAAUCCCAAGAUUCUACUGCACCCAUUUCUGUAAUCACUCCAUGAAAAACAUUCUUCCUCACCAUUCUAUUCGCCAAAAAAAUGUCAACUUCUCUUCUAUCCUCCUUUAAUCUUACCCUUAACACCCAAUUUAACACCCUUAAAUCUUCAUCCCUGCAAAACCCUUGCUGCAUUACUCAUAAAUUCAUCCCCUCUAAGAUUAUAAAGCACCCAUUUUUCUCCAAUUCAACUGUAAAGAUACCACCUUUUAAAUCUAGUUUCAACAAUGCUGCUCAUUCUUCUGUAACUUCUUUUGUUACAGAUGAAGCAGAUGAUUUAAAACUUGAUCAAAGUGUUAUAAAACAGGAGAAAAAGAGUUUUUGGGGUGCUGUUAGUCUGAUAAUUGGGACUGCUGUGGGUCCUGGAAUGUUAGGUUUACCAUCUGCAACAAUAAAAUCAGGGCCAUUACCAUCUACUAUUGCCAUUUUAUUUUCAUGGGUUUAUGUCAUUUCUUCCAUAAUUUUAGUUGCUGAGCUUAGUUUUGCUACAAUGGAGGAAGAUGGGGUCAAAGAAGUGAGCUUUACUGGGUUAGCAAUUAAGGCCUUUGGCACCCAUUUUGGUGCAUUUGUUUCAGUUGUUUAUGCUAGCCUUAGUUUUGCUCUUCUUGUUGCUUGUGUUUCUGGUAUUAGUUCUAUUGUUUCUCAAUGGUUUCCUAGCUUAAACAAUGUAGUAUUACAUGGGAUUUUCCCUUUGUUUCUUGGGAGUAUCAUUUGGUUCUUCCCGUUCCAAAUAAUCGAUUCGACUAAUCGAUUUCUGUGCUUUAUGAUGCUUGUUUCUAUCAUUACUUUGGUGGGUAUUGGUGUUUCAGUUGCUAGAGCUAAUAUUGUAAGUUCAUUGUCCUGUUCAUCUUGGCAUGUUUUCACUAUUUUACCUGCCAUUCCUGUCACUGUCCUUACCUUAGGGUUUCAUGUUAUUACACCUUUUAUAUGUAAAGUUGCUGGAGAUAGUAUUGAUGAGGCUCGAAAGGCAAUUCUUAUUGGUGGGACUGUUCCAUUGAUUAUGGUUUUGGCAUGGAAUCUUAUUGUAUUAGGACUUGCUGGAACUGGAAAAGCUCAAUCAUCAUGUAUACAAGGAGACCCUAUCAAAUUGCUGUUGUCUGUAAAAUCUUCUUCUUUGUUUGCUGUUCAAGGAUUUGCAUUUUCUGCUUUGGCUACUAGCUUUAUUGGCUAUGCUGUUAGUUUUCCCAAGCAGUUGAUUGACACCUUGGAGUUGAUUUUUCGUUUUAGUAAAUCGGAAAAUGAGUUGGGCUCUAUAGAGUCUUCAGGGGAAACUAGGAUUGUAGAUGUUAGUGAUGAAUCAAUCUUGAAGGGAAAUGGUUUUAGGAAAUUCGAGAGGCUUGUAUCUGUUGCUCUAAUUCUUGUUCCAGUUCUUGUUGCUUCCUUCUAUCCCUCGACAUUCUCAAGGGCGCUCGACUUUGCUGGGGUGUAUGCAAAUUGUUUUCUGUUUGGCAUUCUUCCCCCUGCCAUGGCAUAUAUUUAUAAAUCCCAGAGAAAAUACAGGUCUUCUUUGCCUGGAGGACAUAUGGUGCUUUUCCUCCUCUUUAGCGUCGCUGUCAUACUGAGCAUCUGGCAUUAGAUGGCCAUGAUCAAGACUUCGAAGCUCAGAUGUAUUUUUGUGGAACUAAUUUUAGUUAUACAUUGCUAAUGAUGUUCGAGGCUGAUCUUGUCUAUAUCUCAGCAAGGUAACAUGACAAAUAGUUUUUAGAUCUCUUGUAAUUGUUCAAUUGGAGUGGUAAAUUUCCCUAACAUCCAAUAGUUAAUGUAAUGGUUGCUUGUGGAAUCAGAAAUCCUUUGUAUCCUGCCAUUACAUCUAGCAUGUUAGUCAGUUGUAGCUCAUUAAGUCAUAAUCCUUGCGACGUUGAGCAUCAUACCCUUAUUACUUGAAA